GGACAAAUCCUGAUGAUUCCCUCUGGGACCUCUAAUAGAUAAGCUCCUUGCUCCAGAACCAUUGCACUUUCAAGUCAUGGACGCUAAUGAUGACCCCGAUGAAGAUCAUCUUACAAGUUAUGAUGUUCAGCUCAGUAUUCAAGAAUCCAUUGAAGCCAGCAAGACUGUGUUUUAUCCUGAAAGAUUUGUACCACUAAGUGAUCAAAAGAGAAAGCUGGUGGAAGCCAUAAAGCAAGGUCACAUUCUUGAGCUCCAGGAGUAUGUGAAAUAUAAAUAUGCAUUGGAUGAGGCUGAUGAAAAAGGAUGGUUUCCAUUGCAUGAAGCUGUUGUUCAACCCAUUCGACAAAUACUUGAGGUUGUCCUGGAUGCAUCCUAUAAGACGCUCUGGGAGUUCAAGACCUCUGAUGGAGAAACACCCUUAACUUUGGCAGUCAAAGCUGGUCUGGUGGAAAAUGUAAGAACUUUACUAGAGAAAGGAGUGUGGCCAAACACCAAAAAUGACAAAGGAGAGACACCUCUUCUGCUUGCUGUGAAAAUGGGCUCCUAUGACAUGGUGUCUGCCCUGCUUAAACACCACACCAGCCUUGACCAGCCCUGUGUCAAGCAAUGGUCAGCAAUGCAUGAAGCAGCCAAACAAGGCCACAAAGAUAUAAUAGCUCUACUACUAAACCACAGAGGCAAUGUCCACCUAAGAGACGGAUUUGGAGUCACCCCGUUAGGUGUUGCGGCCGAGUAUGGUCACUGUGAUGUGUUGGAACACCUGAUCCACAAAGGAGGGGAUGUGUUUGCUUUGGCGGAUGAUGGGGCAUCAGUGUUGCUUGAGGCAGCAGGAGGGGGCAAUCCUGACUGCGUCUCCCUCCUGCUGGAAUAUGGAGGAAGUGGAAACAUACCUAACAGAGCAGGGCAUCUUCCUAUACACCGAGCUGCCUACGAGGGACAUUAUCUUGCACUGAAAUAUCUUAUUCCAGUAACAUCCAAACAUGCAAUCCAGAAAAGUGGGCUAACGCCAAUUCACUCAGCAGCAGAUGGACAAAAUGCACAGUGCCUAGAACUGCUUAUUGAAAAUGGCUUUGAUGUCAAUACCCUGCUUGCUGACCACAUUUCCAAGAGCUAUGAUGAUGAACGGAAGACUGCUCUCUAUUUUGCCGUUUGCAAUAAUGAUAUCCACUGCACAGAAGUCCUCCUGGCUGCAGGUGCAGACCCAAACUUAGAUCCCCUCAACUGUCUUCUUGUGGCAGUGAGGGCCCAUAAUCAUGAAAUUGUCAGGCUGCUUCUCGCCCAUGGAGCUAAUGUCAAUUGUUAUUUCAUGCAUGUGAAUGACACUCAUUUCCCCAGUGCCAUUCAGUAUGCCCUAAAUGACGAGGUAAUGCUCAGGCUGUUGCUGAAUAACGGCUAUCAAGUGGAGAUGUGCUUUGACUGCAUGCACGGGGACAUCUUUGGAAAUUCGUUUGUAUGGUCAGAGAUAGAGGAAGAGAUACUGCCGGGAUGGACGUCUUGUGUCGUAAAAGAUAACCCGUUCUGUGAGUUUAUUACAGUUCCUUGGAUGAAACACUUGGUAGGCAGUGUUAUUCGUGUAUUAAUGGAUUACAUGGAUUAUAUCCCUCUGUGUGCUAAACUGAAAUCUGCACUAGAAGUACAGAGAGAAUGGCCAGAAAUCCGUCAAAUACUAGAGAAUCCCUGCUCCUUAAAGCAUUUAUGUAGGUUAAGAAUUCGAAGACUUAUGGGACUCCAGCGACUCUGCCAGCCAGCCUUAAUGGAGAAGCUCUCUCUGCCACCAAGUAUUCAAAGAUAUAUAUUAUUUAAAGAGUAUGAUCUCUAUGGACAAGAGCUAAAAUUGCCAUAA